AUGCUCCUCAUCUAUGCCUUCUCCAUCGUGGGCAUGUUCUGCUCCACCAUGAACGGUUACGACGGCUCCCUCAUCAACAACCUUCUCCAGAACCCCGACUUCCGUGAGCGCUACCAGGUCGACAACGACGGUGUCCGCGCCGGUAUCUUCGCCUCCAUGUACCAGAUUGGUGGUGUCGUCGCCCUUCCCUUCGUCGGUCCCGCCAUUGACACCUGGGGUCGCCGUGUCGGUAUGUUCAUCGGUGCCUUGACCGUCAUUAUCGGUACCAUUGUCCAGGGUGCUGCCCAGUACCCCAGCGCUUUCCUCGGUGGUCGUUUCCUCCUCGGUUUCGGUGUCUCCAUCGCCGCCGCCGCCGGUCCCAUGUACGUCAUUGAGAUCAACCACCCUGCCUUCCGUGGUGUCGUCGGUGCCUUCUACAACACCCUCUGGUUCUCCGGCGCCAUCAUCGCCUCCGGCGCGACCCGUGGCUCCCUCAAUGUCAGCUACGGUUUCUCGUGGCGCAUCAUCACCUGGCUCCAGGCUCUCUUCUCCGGCAUCAUCGUCCUCCUCUCCCUCCUCCUCCCCGAGUCGCCCCGCUGGCUGUACGUCAACAACAAGCAGGACCAGGCUAGGGCCAUGCUCACCAAGUACCACGGCAACGGCAACCCCGAGUCCGCCUGGGUCAAGCUCCAGAUGCGCGAGUACGAGGAGUCCCUCGACCUCGAUGGUUCCGACAAGCGCUGGUGGGAUUACCGUGCGCUCUUCCGCACCCGUGCCGCCGUCUACCGUCUCAUGUGCAACAUCACCAUCUCCAUCUUCGGUCAGUGGGCUGGUAACGCUGUGCUCUCGUACUUCCUUUCUUCCGUGCUCGACACUGCCGGUUACACUGGCGUCAUUGAGCAGGCCAACAUCACCUUGAUCAACUCUUGCCAGCAGUUCCUCUGCGCCAUUGUCGGUGCCACCCUCGUCGACAAGGUCGGUCGUCGCCCUCUCCUCCUCUUCUCCUUCACCGGCUGCUGCGUCAUCUGGCUCGGCAUGACCAUUGCCUCCGCCAUGUGCGCCAAGUCCCAGGACGGCGUCGAUGAGGACGGCAACCCCAUCUUCACCAACAAGGCCGCUUCCCAGGCUGCCCUCGCCAUGGUCUUCCUCUUCGGCUCCGUCUACUCCGUCGGUAUCACUCCCCUCCAGGCUCUCUACCCCGUCGAGGUCCUCUCCUUCGAGAUGCGCGCCAAGGGUAUGGCCUUCUCCUCCCUCGCUGUCAACGCCGCCGGUCUCCUCAACCAGUUCGCCUGGCCCGUCUCCAUGGCCAAGAUUGACUGGAAGACCUACAUCAUCUUCACCAUCUGGGAUGCCGUCCAGGUCAUCGUCGUCUACUUCUUCAUCCCCGAGACCAAGGGCCGCACUCUCGAACAACUCGACGAGAUCUUCGAGGCCAAGAACCCCGUCAAGAUGUCGACCCAGAAGAAGAAGGUCGCCGUCGACGACUCUGGUCACAUUGUCGAUGUCCGCGAUGCUUAA